GAGAGAGAGAGAGAGAGAAUUAUAGAAGGGAGGAAUUUACAGAGGAGAUAUUGUGCGAUCGGUCCAGAGAUGCAGAGACAGGGAUGUUGUUGCUAGGGAACAGUGAAAGGGACAUCCAUCUUUAGCAGAGCAAAAACACAGAGAUUGGGUGACAUUUUCCUCUCCUAAAUUGUGAAAUAAACACAUUUAGAGGGGGAGAUUCAGAAAAAGAGUGACAAAAAGAAGGGGAGGAGACCACAGGUGAGAUUAUGUAAUCAUCACAUCAGAAAGGCCACAGCUCUCUCAUCACCGGGUUGGAUUAUAUGGUGGUCUCGAAUGGCGCCUUCUCUGAAUCUGUAAGUCUGCUGUCAUUCAAGGAUGAAAAAUAAAACUGAUUUAGCCUGAUUGCUGUGCAUUCGGUGAGCAAAUGGGACCUAUAUGUCCACGCUUCCAGUUAAGAAUGGGAAUGUGCAGAUUUUGAAACGUUCUGUUUGGGACUGUCCUGAAAUCAUCCACCCGCCCCAGUGUGGCACUGCCAGAUGCCCUCUUGUUUGCAUGCCACCACAGGCGUUACUGGCUUCUAUUCGACUUGACAGACACCCGCUUGAUUCUGUCUUGGCACUGACAGAAAGACAGACAGUGACGUGGAACUAUAUGGUUGUACUUCCUCGUCCAAUGUAAACACUGUAGAUUUAACCAGCUGGAAUUAAAAAUCAACAGGGCUGAAGGUGGACGAUAUCAAAGACACAUCAAGGCCAGCGGCGAGAAAACUCUUCUGUGUGUUAUCUGGAACACAGGAUGGGAACCACUGAAGCCACUUUACGAAUGGAGAACAUGGAGGUAAAAGACGAAUGGCAGGAUGACGAUUUCCCACGGCCUCUUCCAGAAGAUGGUGAUUUAGAUGGACUCACUGACAUUACAACUUCACAUCACGGCGCUCUGACAGAUGAUCACAUAGAAUCCGUCCACUGCAAGCGGCGCACACUGAUCGCCCCGGAGAUCAACUUGUCGCUCGAUAAAAGCGAAGGUUCUGUACUUUCGGAGGACUUCCUGGAAACACCCGACGACCUGGACAUCAACGUAGAUGACAUUGACACGCCGGAUGAUGAUUCCCUCGGGUCCAUCACCAACGGCACUGAACUGGAAUGGGAAGAUGACACUCCAGUGGCCAGUGCGAAAGGUCCUGGGGGCGAUGAGGGCGACGGGACGGGUCGUCUAUGGAGGACGGUGAUAAUUGGCGAGCAGGAGCACAGAAUAGACAUGCAGGUGAUCAGACCGUACCUGCGCGUCGUCACGCAUGGAGGUUACUACGGUGAGGGACUCAACGCAAUCAUCGUGUUUGCUGCCUGCUACCUGCCCGACAGCAGCUGUACAGACUACAAUUAUAUCAUGGAAAACCUCUUCCUGUAUGUGAUCAGCAGUUUAGAGUUGUUGGUUGCUGAAGACUACAUGAUCAUUUACAUGAAUGGAGCCACGCCACGCAGGAGAAUGCCAGGAAUCAGUUGGCUCAAGAGAUGCUACCAGAUGAUAGAAAGAAGGUUAAGAAAGAAUCUCAAAUGUUUGAUCAUCGCACACCCUUCCUGGUUCAUCCGCACCGUUCUAGCCAUCUCAAGGCCAUUUAUUAGUGUGAAGUUUAUGGAAAAGAUUCGUUACGUCCAGAGUCUGGAGGAACUGGCUCAGAUUGUUCCCAUGGCACAUGUGCAGAUUCCAGAGUGUGUGCUGCAAUAUGAUGACGAGCGAAUCAAAGUGCAGAGAGACAGGCUUGAACAACUGACACAGACAUCAGCUCCAGAGAGGCCACCCUCAGUAGCUGCAGAGGCCUGUCCCUAACGUGGUGCAUUAGACUUAUCCUAAAGUCCUGUUUCACCAUAAUAUCACAGGGACACAUCUGUGCAUGUCAUUUCCCAAAGAUGUUUCUUUAAAGAACAAAUCAUGUGGAUCCCAAAAUGGAUUUUUCUCAAGCACAAUCAGUGUUUCCAUACACACACCUCUCAGUCGGGGUCACUUUAAAACUGGAUCACAGCUGAAUAAGUGAAAAACAACAAACAUACUCCUAACAGGAACAUCUGUGAACACCCAAACAUGUUGCAUAACAGAUUUUCCUUGAUUUGACAAGUGAUUCUUCUUUUUCCAAGCGAUUGGUUUCUAUCAGAAGGACGAUAUGUAAUCCCAGCUGAUCCUUGACUGGGCAGUUUAACCUUGUGUACAUGCCAACCAGUUCCACAGAUUUUGUCGGUUUUAUAAUGCAGCAGUUUACAGGUUUAAAUCAACAUGAUAUCAAAAUAAGACCCUACUUCCUUAAUGCACGGUCCUGGUCAUAUUGUGCAAGAUUCGGCAAUGUAGGAAAAUAAAUAAAAGCCACUUUACACGGACCAGUCCAGUCCCGAUGGAUACAAUUAAGUAACUAACUUGCUGUCAAUUUAUUUCCACAUUAUGGAGGUAAAAUAGGCUGCAAAUGCCAUUUAUCUGAUUUCCUUAGAUGUGUACUAGUAAACUGCACUGUACAAACACAUCUGAAUCUAAAGACACAUUUAGAGUGAAAGACUAUGGCCUGUCGUGUUUGGUGUUUAGCUGAGGUUUGCUUCUGUGACGUAUGUCUUUAACAAGUAACCGGUUCUAUGUUUGGAAUGGCAUACUUGCGCACUGCUUACUGCAUAGUGUGCAGUAUAGUACGUAAGGCAGGAUGCACAGACUAACAUUUUAAACAGAAGUAUGUUCUACAUUUGUGUCAUAUAUCCCAACCUGAUCAAAAAAACUUGACAAAAGAAGUGCAUUAUCGGAUAAAGUAUUCCAUGCAGUUUGCUCUGCAUAUUUCGGGAAAUAUAGUGGGUCAUUUGGGUAUUCCACAUGCCGCAUACUGCGGAAAUAGUACAAGUAGUGUGGUAGUAUGCCAUUCAAUCCAAGUGAGCCCUUUGAGUUCACUGUAAUACUCCAUGUAUAUAAUCUUUAAUUCAGCCCCGCACUAGAAACUCAUGUGUGCUUCCAAUACAAACUGUCAUUAUGACAUCACAAGAGGCGGGGCUUGUUAUCCCUCCCUUUCUAAUGCCUUAUGAGCACUCUGUAACACUUGAAAGAUCACAUACUACACAGCGAGUUCUUAAAUGUCGCCUAUAUUUGGCUGCAAUCAUUAAAAAAAAGGGUACUGAAAAUAAUAGUAAAAAUGUGGACUUCUUAUUUCGGGCAUGGGUCAGAAUUCAUUGGAUUUUUCUAAUAUUCAUGUGCUCAUAUUGCAUUUUGGGAGGACCAUUUCAGCCACAUUGUUGUAUAAUGUACAUGAUCAAAAUGUUUUAAAGUGUACUGUGAGUAAAUCUUUCGUAUCAUUUAAUGUGCAAUAAGUGAACAAGUUGCUAAUAUCGAUAAUGUCAUUAAUAAAAGAAAAAUGUA